CAUGGAAUCACAAGAUCUCUCCCUGGAUUUGUUGGAACCUGACGGUCUUCCCAAGACAAGUGCCUGAUGUUACGUGACUUCAGUAGACACUUUUUUAAAUCGGAUUUUCUAAUCUUUCUUUCAGUUUUUGAGCAGAAGUGAUACUCUGCAGCUUAGAGUCUCCAAGUUUCUAUACAAUCUGCUAUCUUCGUGUGAUCUACAGCCAUGGGGCAAAUAGAAUGGGCAAUGUGGGCAAAUGAGCAGGCACUGGCAUCAGGACUCAUCCUCCUCUCUGGCGGUAUUGUUGCAGUUGCCGGACAGUUUAAAGGUUGGCAGUUUGGGGCGUAUGGAAUAGCGGCCGGUGUAUUCAUUACACUUCUGGAAUAUCCUAGAAGCAGAAGGAAAAAGGGGUCUAGCAUGGAGAGAUGUGGACAGAAGUACAUGACAGCGGUGGUGAAAGUCUUUGGUCCUCUCACCCGUAAUUACUAUGUCCGAGCUAUUUUGCAUGCAGGGUUGGCAGUACCUGGAGGUUUUAUCCUGGCCACCAUCUUGGGCACAGUAUGUCUUGGUAUUGCAGCCAUCAUUUAUUUCCUGGCCGCGAUAAGAGGGGAAGAAUGGCGCCCUAUUGAACCACAAGCUCCUCCUAAGCUGAAAGUGGCAGAGACCAUUAAACGUCCUCCACAGAACCCACCUCCUCGUCCUCCUCCAGAGGUGCGCAGAAAGCAGGUGGAUGAGGGACAUGUCAACCCCAUUCCAGUCCAGGAUGAAGUAUGACUAUCCUCAACAUAUGGGACUUUUGUUUCUAAGGGGACGAUGGACAGAUGAUCUGACCAACAAUUGUGUAGCAAUGCUUUUUUCCAUGAUGCUCUCUAUCGCGGACACCCCCUCUUCCAAGCAGUCUUGUCCACUAUUCAUGUUCGCUUUGUGGGUGAGAGACUGGAUGUCAUGAAAAGACAAGAAAGUGACACCAAUGAAGAUUUUUUUUCUCCCCAAUUUUUACCCUUAAAAGGGAACUUUUUUCCUCAGAACAAUCAGUAUUCAGCGCAUCUGAAGGUACUUGUAUUGCUCACUUUAUCAGUCAUUUAGAGAUAAGUGGUUAUCUUGGAGGUUGCCAUUUCUGCUAUUUAAAGCAAGGUAUUAAAUGAAUGAUAACAUGAGAUGUCAGAAGAGUAUUAAUAGACUGUUAUUUUCCUACUCUGCCCAGCAUACCAGUAUCCUGCCAGUGUGCCAUUUUUAUGCAGCUAGACCUAUUUUAUAUACGGUAGCUUUCCUUAUAAAGUGUUCUCAAUAAAGCUUUAUAUAUAAAUAAUGUUCUCAGUAAAGCUUA